AUGUUCCAACAGGAUUCUGCGGCAGCCCACAAGGCAAAAGUCACCCAAGCAUGGUUUUAUACCAAUGUUCCUUAUCAUUGGUCGCCGGACUUGUGGCCGCCCUCCAGCCCAUAUUGCUAUCCGCUGGAUUACAUCGUGUGGGGCGUAGUAGAGGCAGAGGUGAACAAUGAACCUCAUAACACUAAGGACGCGCUACGUAAAAAAAUUACGGCGGUAAUGACCAAUAUGAACAGAAAGGAGCUGGCUCGGGCGUGUAGGCGAUUCAGGUUUCGGCUGGAGCAGGUCGUUGAGGCGAACGGGGAUUAUAUAGAGUAAUAUUAACGUAUGUGGUGAGGACUUUUAUUUCGCCAAGUUGUGUGCAUGUAAAAAAAUUUUUAGGAUAAUAUAAUUUAUUUUUUCUUUCAGUAAAUUUUUCCGGAUUUACCUGCACGGCCCUGUAUAUUCCACAUUUACUGAUUCUAUCUUUUGUUUUCAUUGUAAGCUUUUUAA